ACUUCCGCUGUUGCCAGAAGUCGGGAUAUCAGUUUCCGGUUUACUUCCUCUCUUCAUCCGCAUCCGUAAACAAACAAGAUGAGUGCUGCUGUACGAAAAAAUAAAUAUAAUGUGCGUGACUUAUUUAAACUUCAGAGAACUGAGGUUAAAUCUACGAAUCACUGCUGUGUGCCACUUUGCUCGGCUUCAGGUCUAUAUAACAGUCAUUUGAGCUUCCACCGCUUCCCCAAGAAGACCAGCCUUCGUGCGCGAUGGCUGCACAAAAUAAGGAGGGCGGGAUUUUCGGUGACCCCCCACACCAAGGUAUGCAGCCGACAUUUUCAAGAUAAUGAAAUCCACACUACUGCUAAGGGUAGACGGGUUUUAGCAGCAGGCUCUGUUCCAUCAUUAUUCGAGUGGAAUAGCUACACUACGAAGUCAUGGGCCGGUGUUUGGGAACGCCGAUCUCGACCGCCAAGUCCGGGACCUGACUCGGCGGGGCCUGUGGAGGACAUCGGUCAUCCUGUGAUGGUUCCGAUGGUCGUGGACCACGACUACGGGGCCAGCCGUACUGUAUGUGUGGACCGGGAGCAGUAUGAAGAUGUGUUGAGCGAAAUCGAGACACUGAGAGUGCAGCUCCAAACAUUUAAUCUUCAUCACUCCUUUGGACUUAAACGGUUUGCUUCGUCACCUGAAGACAUCAGAUUUUACACCAGAUUCUUCUCAUACGAGCAUCUGAUGGCGUUUUGGAACCUGAUCGAGGCAGCAACAGCCAAAAUAGUUAGAGUAACCAGGUCAAAGAAAACCGAUGCCACUAGCACAACAACUGAAAGCCCUUUAACCAGACCAACUAAACUGCUACCAAUAGAUGAGCUCUUUCUCUUCCUCACAUACCUAUCCACUGGCUUUACCCAGAGAGAAUUGAGUCACAGAUUUAAUAUCCACCGAACAACAGUCAGCCGAAUCAUCAUUACCUGGGCCACCUUCCUCUACAGCUUACUGGGCUUGGUCUGUAUAUGGAUGUCUCCUGCAGCUGUGAAUGCCAGUCUUCCACAUGACUUUGAGGGCAUUUACAGCGACACGCAAGUAAUCCUUGAUUGUACAGAGAUACGGUGUCAAACACCUUCAUCCUUGCUCCUUCAGAGUGAAGUUUUCUCAACCUAUAAGUCCCACUGCACCUUUAAGGCUAUGGUGGGCAUGUCCCCUCAUGGAGCCCUUACAUUUGUGUCGGCGCUCUUUGAGGGUUCCACGAGUGACAGGGAGGUGUCUCGUCAGUCAGGGAUUACAUCGCUCUUAACGCCUGACAUGGCCAUCAUGGUGGACAAAGGAUUCUUGGUGGAUGACCUUGUACCUGGGAAUGUUCAUCGUCCUGCCUUCCUCUCCAAGCGGGCCCAAAUAUCAGAGGAGGAUGUUCUGAAGACACAGUCCAUUGCCCGUUUGAGGGUGCAUGUCGAAAGAAUAAUCAGAAGAGUGAAAGAGAAUAAACUCUUUGACACCACUAUCCCUCUCUCCAUUGCAGGGAGCAUAAACCAACUCUUCACAUUUGCUUGUCUCCUCUCGAAUUACCAAAAUGGACCUCUGGUCAAGAAAUGGAGAUAUGAAGUGUGAUAUUGUAGCCGUAUCUUCUUCUAACUAAAUCAAUAUAAACAAUUUUUCAG